UUUGUUUUGUCUCAACCUAAACUGCGCCAAACCCGAUUUUUCAUAGACUAAAUACUAAAGAUUAUCAAAAUGCGAGUGGUGAAUAACAGUGUGAAAGACAGUCCAUCGAAAAAAGCCGAGUUGGGGUUUGAAGAAUUCACUAAAACAGAAAUAGCUUCGUUGUUUCCUGCUACAGAACUGUUACACAAAAUCCACACCGACCACGUGUAUACUUCAAAAGAUUACAAACAGCAUAUAGACAACUCGCAAGAACUAGAUGUCUCUUCAGACGACAACUCCCACCUUGAAGAUGACAUACUUUCACUGAACGCUGAUUCCAUACAGCAAGUGUUUCAGCGAAUGAUAAACAUGACUUCUUUAGAUAUAAUGACCGACCAAUCGAAAGACGAAAACCAAGAUACAAAGAGAGAUUCUAACGAUGAACAAUCUAAAACUAAAACAUCGAUUAUCAGGAAAGUGAAAUUCGUUGAUGAAUUGCCUGGACCGUCUGGAACGUCCUUGACUUCGACGCCACAUGCAGAUAACAAAACAGAAAAUCGAGAUUCUGUAAAGAAAAGUGGCAGAGUGGUCACGAGAGGUUACAAAAAGGGGUCAUAUACCCACAGGACUGCGGCAUCUAGUGAUUUUAAAGAUGACAAACUUAACAACGAAAGUACUCCUAGCCCGAGAACUCGCCUUAGGAAACAAGCAAACAGAGGCAGAGAAAAACGCAAAACUAAAACUGAAGAAGCUACGAUUUGCAAAUCAGUGAGCGGAAACGAAUGGAGAACAGCAAACCGAUGUGCUGAGAUAGAAAGGGAAAUGAAUACUUUGAUACAAUAUACCGCGGAGUUACUCGUGCGCCGCUGGGGAGAGUAUUUGUCAAUGACAAUGGAACAGAUUUCGUCGUUCGAGAUUGAGAAUGCGAAACAGCACAAAAUGGCUGAAGAAGUUGUAGAUAUGUUAGAAGACAAAGGCAGAUAUGUAUGGCAGUUAAUUGAAGAACUUCAAUUCUUUUGAGUAAGAAAAGUGGAUAGAGAACCGGUACGGGUUCUGUCGAAGAACUGUCUAGUGAACUGGAAACGGUUCUGCAGAACUACCGAUUCUCUAAACACUACGUCAUGAUAUUUAUCGCAACCAGUAGGAUAUAGAUCCUUAAUUAAGGCACGAUGUCAUUUUCAAGCCGAGUUUAGUAAAUCAACUAACGUUUUUCAAUUUACAACUUACUAAACUAAUUUCAGUAUUUAUUAUGCUAUUUCUGAUAAUUUCAUCUAAGUAAAGGAUCAGUUCAAUGUUUAUUUGGAUUUUUCUUGUUGAAACAAAAGUCUAUAUAUGGCGUUGCAAGAAUUAUGCAUGAAACAGUUUGUUUGAAUAACAUGGAUUUUCUUUAUAAAAAAGUUAAUGAUGUUUUAAGAAUCACACCUAACGAUCGGUUUUUCUUGCGUUUUGGUAUUUGAAAUUGUACCUAGUUUUAAGUGUGCGUUCAUA